CCAGAGUUUAAGGGCUCAGCAGAUCCGGUUGCAGCCCAAACAUGGCUAAAAGAAAUGGAAAAGUGUUUUGCAUUAGUUCCAGCAAGUGAGGAUCAGAAAACAAAGUAUGCUAGUCAUUACUUAAAGAAUGAGGCAACGUAUUGGUGGGAAUCUGAAUUGUUUUUAGAAAAGUAUUUUCCUAGGUUUCUUCAAGAUCAAAUGGAGUUGAACUUUUUAGAGUUGAAACAAGGAAAUAUGUCUGUGGUUGAAUAUGAGAAUAAGUUUGCGGAAUUGGCUAGGUUUGUGCCAACGUAUGUAGAGACCGAUAGGCAGAAAGCAAAAAGGUUCCAACAAGGUCUGAAGCCUUGGAUUAGGAGCAAGUUAGCUAUUUUGCAAUUGGAGACGUAUGCGGCAGUGCCAAUAUCCAAAGCCCCGUAUAGGAUGGCACCAGUAGAGAUGAAAGAAUUGGCAAAACAAUUACAAGAGUUAUUGGAAAAAGGAGUGAUUAGGCCGAGUGUAUCCCCAUGGGGAGCACCAGUGUUGUUUGUAAAGAAGAAAGAUGGAAGUAUGAGGUUAUGCAUAGAUUACAGAGAGCUUAAUAAGCUUACUAUCAAGAAUAGAUAUCCUUUGCCCCGUAUUGACGACUUGUUUGACCAGUUGAAAGGAGCAGAGUAUUUUUCUAAGAUUGACCUUAGGUCAGGAUACCAUCAGCUCAAAAUCAAAUCUGAGGAUAUACCUAAGACAGCUUUUAGAACAAGGUACGGUCAUUAUGAAUUUUUAGUGAUGGCUUUUGGAUUAACGAAUGCACCAGCAGCUUUUAUGGAUUUAAUGAAUAGAGUCUUUAAGAAGUAUUUGGACAAGUUUGUGAUUGUUUUUAUAGAUGAUAUUCUGAUAUAUUCUAAGACAGCUGAGGAGCAUGCGGAACAUUUAAGAACAGCCUUGGAGAUACUAAGAAAGGAGAAGUUGUAUGCAAAGUUUUCUAAAUGUGAAUUUUGGUUACAAGAAGUUCAAUUUCUAGGACACAUAGUGAGUCGGGAAGGAAUCAAGGUAGAUCCAGCAAAGAUUGAAGCUAUAAUGAAUUGGGAAAGACCAAAGACCCCCACAGAGAUCAGGAGUUUCUUGGGGUUAGCAGGUUAUUAUAGAAGGUUUGUACAGGAUUUCUCAAGAAUUGCAACCCCACUGACCAAGUUAACUAGAAAGAAUGAAAAGUUCAUAUGGAAUGAGAAGUGUGAGGAAAGUUUUCAGGAGUUGAAGAAGAGAUUAGUGUCAGCACCAGUAUUGUCUCUUCCAGAUGAUCAAGGGAAUUUUGUGAUUUAUAGUGAUGCUUCUUAUAAAGGAUUAGGAUGUGUAUUGAUGCAACAUGAUAAAGUUAUUGCGUAUGCGUCUAGACAACUUAAACCUCAUGAACAAAAGUACCCCACUCAUGACCUGGAGUUAGCAGCUAUUGUAUUUGCAUUAAAAAUAUGGAGACACUAUCUGUAUGGAGAAAGAUGUGAGAUUUAUACAGAUCAUAAGAGUUUGAAGUACAUCUUUACCCAGAAGGAGCUUAACAUGAGACAAAGGAGAUGGCUAGAGUUGAUUAAGGAUUAUGAUUGUACGAUUAAGUAUCAACCAGGAAAAGCCAAUGUUGUAGCGGAUGCUUUAAGUAGAAAGGAGAGGUUAAACGUAUUGACUGUGCCAGAGGAAUUAUACAAGGAGUUCCAAAAAUUGGAAAUCGAGGUAAGAAUUCAUGAACCAUCAAGGAUAGCAAUAUAUACCAUGACCUUCCAACCAGAGCUAUUAGAAAAGAUUAAGAGGUGUCAGGAAGAAGUAAUGGAUCAGGAUGUAAACAAUUAUCACGCAAGUAUUGGGAUGCCUCCUUAUGAAGCUCUUUACGGACGUAAAUGUCGAUCGCCAGUAUAUUGGGAUGAAGUCGGAGAACGCAAAGUAUUGGGACCAGAAUUAGUACAACAAACAAAGGAAGUCGUCGAAAUUAUUCAGAAACGACUAAUUGCAGCACAAAGUCGUCAACGAAAUUAUGCAGAUCAAUUCCGGAAGAACGAAGAAUUUGAAGACGGAGAAGAAGUGUUACUGAAGGUAUCACCAUGGAAAGGGCUAUCCAGAUUCGGAAAGAAAGGCAAGCUAAGUCCCCGAUAUGUCGGGCCAUUUGAAAUCUUGAGGCGUGUAGGCAAAGUAGCAUAUGAAUUGGCGUUACCCCCACAAAUGGAGCACAUUCAUAACGUCUUUCAUGUAUCGAUGCUUAAGAAGUAUAAUCCAGAUUCGAAACAUGUGAUAGAAUAUGAGCCGAUAGAACUCGAGGCAGAUUUAUCAUAUGUAGAAAGGCCAGUGGAAAUCCUAGAUAGAAGAGAGAAGGUGUUAAGAAACAAAGUAGUUAAUUUAGUAAGAGUAUUGUGGAGAAACCCGAAGGUUGAAGAGUCAACCUGGGAAUUAGAAAGUGAUAUGCGUGAAAAGGGAAGGUCAGGGAGGGAAGAAACAGUGAGGGUUAGAGAAAGGAAAGGAGAAACAGGAAUGGUGCGUGCGAGUGAGAGGAGGGAGGCGAGGGAGCCACCAUCGACUGCGACGACGGGGUUCUCGCGGAGGAAGAAAGUGCUGAAAGAGGGGGCAAUACAGCAGACGAGGGAGAUGAGUUGUGUGUUGUGA